GCAGGGUUUCCCAUCAUUGUUCUCUAGCCGGGUCCGGGUCCCGAACUAGGGCGUGCGCUCCGCCGGAAGUCGCUCCUGAGCUGGGGGCUCCCUCCCCGGGUGGUGCGACCCCGGCCCCCGCGCCCCGGAAGUGAUCGGCAACGGCGGCGGCGGCGGCUGCCAGGAGGAACCCCGAGCUGUCCAGCCCCGGUCCCGGUCCCGGCCCCGCAGCGGCGGCGGCGGCAGCUGCGGCGGCGGCCUCAGCCUCGCCCCGGCCGGCCGUGCGUGCGUGCCCGCCUCCGCUCCCCGGUCGGCUGCAGGGUUGGAGACAACAGCAAUUUUGAUGUCUUGUCAAGCUUGUUAAAACAACAUUCUGCGCAUAGAAGAUGCAGAACUGAGCUUCAGAGACAUUCAGUGAUGGGCCCCUGAUCACCCAACUAGAAAGGGUCAAAGAUUCUUCCUGGGAUACUUCCCUAACCAAAGAUGGCAGCCAAUAAACCCAAGGGCCAGAAUUCUUUGGCUUUACACAAAGUCAUCAUGGUGGGCAGUGGUGGUGUGGGGAAAUCCGCUUUGACCCUACAGUUCAUGUAUGACGAGUUUGUAGAAGAUUAUGAGCCGACCAAAGCUGACAGCUACCGGAAAAAGGUCGUUCUGGAUGGGGAAGAGGUCCAGAUCGAUAUCCUCGACACUGCUGGGCAGGAGGACUAUGCGGCCAUCAGGGACAACUACUUCCGAAGCGGGGAGGGCUUUCUCUGUGUCUUCUCUAUAACAGAGCUGGAAUCUUUCGCAGCAACUGCUGACUUCAGGGAGCAGAUUUUAAGAGUCAAGGAAGAUGAGAACGUUCCCUUUCUUCUAGUCGGUAACAAGUCAGAUUUAGAAGAUAAAAGACAAGUUUCUGUAGAAGAUGCAAAAAACCGAGCUGACCAGUGGAAUGUGAACUACGUAGAGACCUCAGCCAAAACUCGCGCUAACGUUGAUAAGGUAUUUUUUGAUUUAAUGAGGGAAAUUCGAGCUCGGAAGGUGGAAGACAGCAAAGAGAAGAAUGGGAAGAAGAAGAGGAAAAGCUUGGCCAAGCGGAUCAGAGAGAGAUGCUGCAUUUUAUAAUCCAGGCCCAAACUUCCUCCUUAUCUUGACCACACUAAUAAACAUGAUUUAUAAGCAUUGCCAUGGAAGGCUCAAGUGACUGAAAUUACUUUAACGUUUUGGAAAUGGUCAUGUAUCACUCAAAGCAUGAAUUGGGACUGCACUGAAAGUCACUGAGAAAAGAACCAAAUUCGUGUGGCUUCGGCGGGAAGCCUCGUUCAGCCCAUUUCAUAAUCACCUCCAUGAUCACAGCCCCUGAAUGGAGAGUGUGAGCGAGUGAGCGUGCAUGUGCGUGGCUGGGGGUGGGGUGGGGGUGCUUGAGGGGGAGCAGGGGAGAAAAGAUGGCUUCCUAUGGUUUCUUGUAAAGCAUAAAUUUCAUAUCAUUUAAAAAGUCUCGAUCUACUGCCUUGGAAAAUGACGAUUGUGAACACAAUAGCUAAAAGAAUAAUGGGUGUCCAGCUGAUUUCUGAUGUUGUGAGAGAUACAAAUGACCGAAGAACAAAGGACUAUCUCUGCAUCGGUUUAUAGGGAGAGCCUGUAAUCUGCAUGAAUCUGUAAUGCCUGGGGGAGACUCGCUGAGAGAAAGGAGGGGUGUCAGCUUGAAUGGGGAGAUGCUUGAACAUGCCUUAAUUUAAAAUCUGAAAACUAGCAGGUUGCUGCAAGGUUCUGAGUCAGCUCUGUCCAAAUACCUGGAAAUUCGUGGGACUCCAGUUCCUGGGCCCAACGUAGACGUGCACUAGUGUUUAUGCGAAUGACUCUGUCUGCUCAGCUACUUUGGCUCAUCUGAAUUUGAAAUGUGCCAUCCUCUGAUUCUUGGAAACCAGGAUCCACAGCUGGUCACAUUUAAUCAAGGAAGCUUGAAAGGGAAGGCCAGUAUGGAGUGAUGGAAGGUGAGCUGGACCUACAUGCAGGAAGGUUCAGCCCAGGCCCCUUAUAGGAGAAUGUUUUUUCCUUCUCUUAUGUUUGGGCUGAGGAAUUAGCCUUGAGUAAAUUGUGAGCUGCCCUUCAAUGUCUGACUUGCGUGCCUGGCUCUGGAAUUGGGCACAGUGAGGACUCCUUCCCUCGUGCUGAGGCCUGUUGGGGAAGGGUCCUCCUUGCCACUGGUUAAUUACUGAGUUUACAUUCACCAAGAGAACGCAGUAUGACCAUGUUGGAAUUCACAUACUGGAGUGAAUUGUAGAUCUUGUCUUGGUGGUUUGAGUGUGUUCAUCAAUGAAGAACAUUUCUCACCACUUCUUCAUAUUUGGAGUUAGUAUCAAGCAAACGAACUUUCCAGAAACCUGUUUUUGGCAUCUGCAUUCCCAAUGUGAGCACUAGUUAGAUCAGAGUGCUGCCCCAAGGCAGAUGGGCCUUCUGUGGUCUCCCUUCGAGGAGAAAUAAUUUACCAAUAUCUGAAUUGUGUGGAGCUCUGAGAGGAAGUGAGGGGGAGGCCAUGGCACACAAGGUUUUCUUUCUACACCUGUAAACCUAUAACCAACAGUUCCCAAAUGUUCAGGCAUUCUAGUUAGCAAGUGUAUCCCUGCAGCUGUCACGAGUAGUCUUCCUAGGGAUUCAGCUUUACAAAUGGCAUUUGGUGUGUCCUGUUAACUGUGUCAUUGAAGGAUUUUAUAUGUACAGGUCCCAUUUAGUAGGCCAUACCAUGUGCAGAAUUAAAGUUCCUGUUGUAACCACGGCCAGGAAUGCCAGUGUAUCUUCAUGUGUACUCAUUUCAGUCUUAUCGAACCAGGGAACCUAACCACUAACAUUGUGACUUUGCUUCAAGACCUUUAUCCCGGGUACUGAGGUGCUAUGAAGCCAAGGGACACAGAGACCUCCUAUGUCUUAGGCUGAUGCCAUUACCCAAUUCUUUUACUUGCAAUUUGAGCCAUUUAAAGACCAAUAAACUUCUGUUUUUUAAAA